AGCCCUAAAAGUGAAAAUUACAUUUGCUUCGAGAAAUGCACAAAAACUCACGCGGCACACUCCUUCCCCACUCUUUUUCUCCCCGAUUAUAUUAACACACCGAAAUAGAGUUUAAUUUCGAUUCCAAAAUUGAACUUUCUUUUACAAAUUCCAAGCUCCCAAUUAGGGUUCUUCAUUUCUCAAAGGUUUAACGGGGUUAAUUUUUAAGAUACUUUGUGGUGGACAAAAAGUUGAUAGAAAGCUAUGUUACUAAACCUAAGCAUUAUCUAAUAAGAAUGCCGGGCAUUCCUUUAGUGGCUCGUGAAACCUCCUCUUAUUUUAGAAGCACAGAUCAGAUGUGCCGAGAAGAUUCCCGCCUGCAUUUAUCUGCAGAAGAGGAAAUUGCUGCUGAAGAGAGUUUAUCUAUUUAUUGCAAGCCUGUAGAACUCUAUAACAUUCUUCAAAGACGUGCUGUAAGAAAUCCUUCGUUUCUUCAAAGAUGUUUGCGAUACAAAAUUCAGGCAAAACACAAAAUGAGAAUACAAAUGUCAGUGUCCAUAUCAAGGAUUGUGAAUGAGGGUGUACUGACUCAAAGUCUUUUCCCGUUAUACAUCUUGUUGGCUAGAGUAGUUUCUGAUGUUGCGGUUGCAGAGUAUUCUGCAGUUUAUCGUUUUCGUCGGGCAUGUAUCUUGACUAGCUUCGCUGGCAUUGAGGGCAGUAAUCAAGCUCAAGCAAAUUUUGUUCUCCCUGAGAUUAAUAAGUUAGCUAUGGAAGCCAAAUCUGGUUCUCUUGCAAUUUUGCUUGUCAGCUUUGCCAAUGGAGGUUGCUGCCUAUGGGGUAGGAUACCAUUAGAAUCACUAUAUUUGUCAUGGGAAAAAUCCCCAAACUUGAGUUUAGGACAAAGAGCUGAGCUGAUAUUUCCUGUUGACAUGCAUUCUUGCCUAUUGAAGUUGACUUCUUUGAAUGAGGACAAAUGCAUCUUAAUCCAAAAUUCCAGCAAUUCUUUGUUAAUGAACGAACCACUGCAGCUGCAGAUCAUCAUUUCUGCUGAAGAAGUUGGAGCAAAGGAAAAUUCUCCCUAUAAUUCAUACAUAUGCAGUGGCGUUUCUUCUUCAUCAUCACUGUCUCAUAUUAUUCGGUUGAGAGCAGGAAAUGUCAUCUUUAACUAUAGAUAUUACAACAAUAAGUUACAGAGAACUGAAGUAACUGAAGAUUUCUCUUGUCCUUUCUGCUUGGUAAAGUGUGCAAGCUUUAAGGGUCUGAGGCAUCACUUGCCAGCAUCCCAUGAUCUCUUCAAUUUUGAGUUUUGGGUAACUGAAGAGUAUCAAGCUGUUAAUGUUUCUGUCAAAACUGAUAACUGGAGAUCUGAGAUUGUUGCAGAUGGUGUCGAUCCUAAACAGCAGACUUUUUUCUUUUGCUCAAAGCAACUGAGGCGUAGACGACCAAAGAACCUAGAUCAAAAUGCAAGGCGUCUGCGCCCUGUUUUCAUGGAGUCAAAGUUGCCAGCAGGAGGUUGUGAGCUUCUUGACAAGGCUCAUGGUGGAACCAUUUUACAAAAUGCUACAAUUGGUGCUUUGGAGUAUGCACAACAUGUUCCAUCCAGUUUCAAUGUUCCAGCAGUUUCAGGUGCUGCUGGACAAUUUUAUUCUGAUUCUGAACGUGUUCAAUCAGUGUCUGGAAACAAUCUUGCGCCCCCUGCCUUGUUGCAAUUUGCAAAGACAAGAAAAAUAUCGAUGGAACGUUCUGAUCCAAGGAACCGUACUCUGCUUCAGAAGCGACAGUUUUUUCACUCGCAUAGAGCACAGCCAAUGGCAAUGGAUCAAGUAGUGUCUGACAGAGACAGUGAGGAUGAAGUUGAUGAUGAUGUUGCAGAUUUUGAAGAUCGAAGGAUGCUUGAUGAUUUUGUAGAUGUAACCAAAGAUGAGAAGCAAAUAAUGCAUUUGUGGAACUCGUUUGUGAGGAAGCAAAGGGUGUUGGCAGAUGGUCAUAUUCCAUGGGCAUGUGAAGCGUUUUCAAAUUUACAUGGGCGCAACCUUGUCAAAGCUCCAGCACUCAUCUGGUGUUGGAGACUAUUCAUGAUCAAGUUGUGGAAUCACGGCAUCCUCGAUGCACGAACAAUGAAUAAUUGUAAUAUUAUUCUGGAACAAUACGAAAAGCAGGAUUUGCAUCCUAUAAAAGGCUAAAAAAUAUGGUAAGUUUUGCUUCCUAUUUUUUUUGGUGAAAAGACGGGCAGCUGGUAAACAACCAUGACCCAGAAGUGCUGUUCAACAGUCACUUCCAGUCUCACCACCAAUUUGCACAAGGGUCAGUGACCCUCCCUAAGCUCUUACUUCCCACGAAACCCUACUGUUGUGUAGCUUUACUAUCGACUGGUAUAAUUCAUACAUUUUAUUUGUAUUUUUAACUCUUUACAGAAAUCAUUUUUUCUCCCACCUCCGUGUUUGCUUUUGCUUAGAUUUAAGAAUCCGUAUUUUAAAUUUUUUUAAAAGAAGAUUAAUGGUUUAAAGUCAAUGGUCAUAAUGUUUAAAUAAAACAAAUAGAAUAUGUUAAAUGUAAGCCUGGAAAUUUAAAAAAAAAAAAAAGAAAACAAUCAUGAUGGUGAACACCCUCCUUUUCAGUCUGGGACGUAUAGAAGGCUUGAUUAUUUAAUAGGGCGAGCCCUAUUCCUAAAGUUGGCUAAAUACGAUAAACUGAUGCUUUCAACAAAGUUCAAUGCUUAUCCAAUCUAUUUUUCUUUUCCUUUCUUUUGGUUGGUGACACAUUACAAAGCAGCAGUAAUACGAGUAUAGGUUACUGAUUAGCAUGCAUUGAUACCUACCCUGAACCUGUGUUUGCCUGUGAUUUAUGUUGCUUGUUGCUGCAAGUUUUGCACAGUGUUCCACAGUCGUGGUUUUAGUAUGUGGCGUCCCUUGAGUCCAGGGGUCAGAUAUUUUAAUCUGCAGACAUCAUUAUACAGCUGUUGGGCCCUCCACUGUACCUUGAACUUUUCAUAGUUAAGCAUUCUAAGAAUAAUUUGCUAAGCUUGAUGUGGGGAGGGUUUGUCUACUUCAUGCUUUUGAUGCUGCAGGCCACUCCAGCUUUUAAUAAUAAUUAAAUUAUUUGUCCUAGACAAAUGGCCCUGUGGUCAUGUUAUUUUUCCAUUUAUCAUGUAAUGCCGAUGAGAGUAUAUCUACCUUUUAUUGGGUUAUGAAUUUCUCUAUUGUAGAUGAAGAUAUGUCAUGUAGAAGUCGUAUACUCAAUGUAUCAGCUUUUGGCUCUUUAAUUAUUUGAAUUCGAGUUUUUAAUACAUCAAA